AUGGCGGGUGCGGAAGAUGAAGCUCGAUUACAACAUUGUUUAGAAACGAUUAUUAGAGUCGUCGAAGAAACUAUGAAGAAAUUAACCGGUCAAGAAGAAUCAGGACGUUUUAGUAUGGAUGGUGCAUUGGAUACCAAUAUCUAUACAUUCACCUUAGAUGCUCAAGAAGAAGCUUUAAUGGAGGAGAUGAAAAUUGAACUUGAAGAUGUCUUGAGACAAACUGUGACCCGAUUAUCGACACUCUGCCGCACAUAUUUAUUAGAUUUUUUAUAUCAACACAGUUAUGAUUAUGAGUCUCGAGAAUUCACCAAUCCUUUCAAUAGUGGUAUUCUCAAGGCCUUUGUUAAUGAUGCACAACAGAUGUUAGCUUCACUGAAAGCUUUUCUAGCGGCUUUUGAUGGCAAUGAAGGUGAUGUGAAAGCCUUUCUGAAAAGAUUUCCAACGAUGAAGGAUAGACCCGGCCUUUGGGGCACCACUCUUCUAUAUUCAGCGGCUCGAAACAAUCAUACCAACCUGGUUCGAUUUCUUGUUACAAACGCUCGAUGUUCAGUCAAUGCUCAAAAUCAACAACAUAUCAAACGAGCUUUGUCAAAAUCAGUCAAAGACGAUCCUGAUUUCGUUCCAAAUCCAUCGGCUGGUUCGACUGCGCUACACGGGGCUUGUUUUGCUGGUCAUUUGGAAAUCGUGAAAUUCUUAUUCGAACAUGGUGCUGAUUGUUUCCUCAGGAACCAUGCUUAUGAAACACCGAUCGACAAUGGCCGAAGGAAGCCAAGCAUUAUCAAAUAUUUUAUGGAGAAUCUUAUUCUUAGUUAUUCCAUCAAAACCAACGAAUUGCCACAUUUACCCAUUCGUGAAGAAGAUGAAGAUUAUGUAGUUGAUUGUUUUUGGGAAUACAAACCAUUUAAAGAACAGAAAUGGUUUCCAUUUUCCGAAUCGGAGUCGGAAACUCUUCAAGGAUCUCUAAUAGUCAAACCAGAACAAAAAUUUAAACGCGAGAUUCAUUUACGAGUACGCGCUGGAACUUAUACUGUUUCGUUAAUUCAAUUUCUACGUUCAGGAAAAGACGCUGAUUUCACUCAAAGGAUCGCCUGGAUUCGUUGUCGAGGCUCAUCGAUCUUAAAUUUCAGUUGUUAUUGUCUAUGGCAAAUCAUGUUUACCAAAUAUCCUAAAGCUGAAACAGAGCCAUCAUUGAUGAUGUUAACCAUACCGACGGUUUAUGAUAGUAACUUUAAAGUUCAUCUUGAUUCGUGGUAUUUCUGUGAUGCCAAGACCAGUGCUCAAUUAGAUCACACCAUGAAUUAUCGACGAAAACACAUUUGUUUAGAACUUUCUCGUGUUUGUCAUGAUAAAUUACUAUUUGAUUUACAAACAUUUUCAUUUAACAGUGAAAAUGGAAGCGUCACCGGUUUUAUUCGAUGGAUACCAAAGAUGAUUUCGAAUAAUUCACGCAACAAAAACAAAAUUAUCGGCAUUGAUGAUUUUCAAACAUUAGCCAAUUUAGAUCCAAUACCUUUAACUACGGCACGAUUGAGACAAGUUUUACAAAAAGAUGAUCGCAUGUCCAUCGCUGACGAUAACGAGCUUCUGGAAAAUAAAGAAGAAUACGAUUUUGAUACGGAAGCAGGCGAUAUUGAAGACAAUGAGGAUAAAUACAAAGCUAUGAAUGAGGCACCCACCACUCCCAUCAAUCAAUCUUGGUCAAUACAAGAUCUUGCUGAUGGAGAGAGAGAUUCUCAACUGGGUUCGUCGGCAUCUUCAACGACGAUAAGCAAAUCCGACGCUUCAGAUGAUCUGGGUGACAAACGAAUGGAUGAUUUUAUCAAUGAAGCAGCAGCAAAAGUUCGUUCAUCACAACAAAAUCGUUUAGAGGAAAAAGUUACUAGCAAUACAUCGGAUGAUGAUAAAAAUUCAGCGGCAACCAAAAUCCAACUAUCAGAAUUAGAAAAGAAAAAUGAUAAAUUAAAACAAGAUUUACAAAAUGAACAACGACGAAUAGAAAAAUUAUUAGAUUCAGGUAGCAAACAUGAACAAGAAGUGGCACGUUUAUUAGAUCAAAUCGCUAAGAUGGAAGGACAACAGAAAGAAAAUGAACGACAACAAGCAAAAUUAAGAGACAUGGAUAGAAAUAUCAAAACAGUAGAUUAUAAUAACAUUCAACAUGAAGUGAUCCAUCGAUUUUUAACACCGAAAGAUUCGCUCAUUAUUCGUUAUUUACAAGAUUUAGUGAAACAUCUCGAUCCAUCAUUCAACGAUCGAGCACCGAAAAUAAUCUUUGCUGGAAAAAACAAUCAAUACGUAGUUACUGUCGUUGGUUUUCCUGCUCAUCAUCAAGGAUUCAAAGAUGUUUUACAACGUAUUUGGUCGCUGACGAAUGUCAUCGAAUCAGCCAAAGUUCAAUUACCAUUGUAUGAAUCAUCAAAAGAUUUAUUAGACAAAAUUGAGAAGAAUGCUGUGACAACCAUCUCGACAUCCACUGGAUCAGGAAAAUCAACAUUAUUACCGGUCUUAUUAAUUGCUGAAGGUUAUGAUAAAGUCAUCGUCACCCAACCGCGACGUUUACCGUGUCAAUUAAUUUGUAAACGUGUCAAUGAAACGAUGGCCAACGAAUCCGGACCAAUGAAAGAUCCAUUAGCCGGUUGGGCAGUCAGUGGUACCGAAAAAAAUCCAAAUGCAGGUAUUCUUUACUUAACCGAUGGUUUACUCAAAGAACGGUUACUCUACGAUUCAAAUUUAAUCUCCACAAAUACGAAAUUCAAUAAAUCGGUGGUCUUCUUUGUCGACGAAGUGCAUGAGCGUAGUGUCAAUAUCGAUCUUUGUCUCGCCUUACUCGCUCGGUCAUUAAGUAUUCAACCGGAAUUGAAAACGAAAAUGAAAGUAAUUAUUUCAUCUGCAACACUUGAUGCUUCGGUGCCGACAUUAUUUCGUCAUAUUCCUCAAGUUGGUCUCGCAGAAUUCAAAAUGCCACAAAUGGGAACAUUACAUCCAGUGACAAAAAUCGCUCGACCCAAUGAAAAUGCUUUAGAUAUUGUUCAAGAAUUGUGCAAAAAACGUAAACGGCAUGAUCAAAUUCUUUGCUUUGUUAGCUCAGUUGGCGAAGUAAAUCAAUCGUGUAAAUUAAUUAAUCAAAUCAGUCAAGAAACAAUUGUUGCCUACCCCUUAAUUCAAUCACAACAUCCCAAUGUUCAACAAUACAACAUCGAAUAUGGUAGUGUGUUCUUCUCAACCACCGUCGCUGAAACAUCGUUAACAUUUCCUUGUCUUAAAUACGUCGUCGAUACUGGAAUGAUCAAUGUUCCUGUUUAUGAUUUUGAUUCGAAACGAACUGUUCUACGAGAAGUUCGAGCUGCUGAAUCAACGAUUAAGCAGCGAUUAGGUCGUCUAGGUCGAACUCAACCGGGUGAAUAUUAUUCAUUGUACGAUUUCAAAGUCGAUGCCGUUCCUUAUCCUGUUCCUCAGAUCUGCCAAUCGGAUCUAAUGAAUAUCGAAUUUUCAUUGAGAAAGUCUCCAUUAAAAAAAGGAUUUAACUAUAUGAAAUCAUUUCUACCGAAUAAACCGUCACAAAAAGCGAUCGAUACAACUAUUGGACAAUUGAAAGAUUUAAAUAUUUUGGAGAAAGGUUCUAAUGACAAACUCACAAAACACGGUGAUGAGUUGGCGAAAUUACCUGAUUUCGGUUCAUUGGCCAUGUCCAAAGCGGUCUUAGCGGCGCUUCGUAAUCAUGGUUGUGGACGUGAUCUGAUCUGUUUAUCAGCGAUUUUGGGUGUUCUUAAUACAACAACUCUAUUCAAAAGUUUACCUCAACAUCUAAAAAGUCCUGAUGGCGAUUUUAUGACUUUAUUAAAGGUGAUGGAUGAAAUUCUUUUAGUAAGACAAAGUAGCCCAGCAAAACAAUUCAAUGUCGAUCAAGUUUGUCAAUCGAAAGGUUUAAAAGAGAUUCAACAUAUUAUCCGUCAAGCAUUGAGACGUUAUCAAACAUUAGAAAAAACUUUUAAUCAAUCACCUGAUUUCUGUGCACGAGCUCAAGAACAAUCAGGAGAUUGGGAAUUGGUUGCCAGAUCGUUGUUGGCUGGUUAUUCGGAUAAUGUCUUUGUUUCGAUGAAAGAAUUACAAGAUCGAUCCCAUUUAUUCAUUCGUUACAAUAAUGGAGGUGAUAUAGCUAAACUUGAUUUGCAAUCGACACUGACACGACCGAUUAGCACAGCACCAGUCUCACUCGUCUUAGCUCGAGAUAUUCGUCAUUCGACGGCUGUCCGAGCCACAGCAAUCAUUUCCUUUGUUGGUGAAAUUAAAGCUGAAUGGCUCGAAUGCCCACUCGAACGUGAAUUUGAUUUGACCAACGAAGAAGAAAUUUAUCUUAAUGCUGCCAAUCGAUAUUCAGGUGCCCAAACGAAAUUCUCCAACAAAAUCAACAUGUCAUUAGGUGGUCAAAAGAUGAAAUUCAAAGGUUCGUCUGGUAUUGUUCUUAAUGCUGAAUUACAUCUUCGGCAACAAAUGAUUUCCGAAUUGAAAUUUAAUUUGUCAAACACACCGAAUCCAGCUGAUAAUUUGAAUUUUGCUCGAAAUCUAGAAAGUAUUAUGAAAAUGACCCACAUCUUUAAUCCGAUGAAAUGGCGAUGGGCCACAGAAAGACAAGUAGAAAUUACGAUAAAUAGCAACACAGCAACAAAAACUUGUGAAAUUAUCGUCAAAGGAAGAGAUUCUGAUAAUAAAAAAGUAAAGAAAGAAUUUGAUGUAUUUAUUGGCUGGUUACGAAAAUGUGCUGUCAUACGACAUCCAAACGAUCAUGUCAGUCCACGUGUACUUCGUCCUGCCAUGCGUAAAGAUUGUCGAGAUAUUGAAGAAAGAAUCAGUCGUGUGACUGAUACAAAACGAACACCCGUAGAUUUAUACAAAGGUGUCCGCGGUAGUAAAGCGACACGUGAAACACGAAUGGAAGUGGUGGCAUGGAUUUCAGUUUGCAAAUUUGACUGCAAAGUAGAAGGUGGUUUCGUUCGAGAUUGGAUUGUCGAUCAUUAUACAGCACGACCAUCUGGUGUAACUGACCCCAAAAAAUGGAUUGACAUGAGUAAUCCUAUGCCAGCUUUAGUAAAAGAAGUGAUUCCAUGUGAUUUGGAUUGUCAUUUACCGUCGCACAUGUAUUUCGAUAUAGAGAAAUUUCAAGAUGAAUUAUAUAAAUACGGCAUUACAUGUGAAGUAAAACGUGAUAAUUGGCGAUAUGUUUUAUUAUUCGAUGAGAACGAACCUACAGGUCCAUUUACUAUGGAUUUAAUUGAACCACAUGUGGCAUUAACACAUGAUCGAAUUGAUUUAGAUGUGAAUAAUUUAUCUGUGGAAAAAGAUUAUACACAUGAACUUGGAAUGCGUAUCGAUAUCCAGCGAAAGCCUUAUGAAAUUGAAUUGGAAAAAAUUGUUAAUAACAUCAAAAAUAAACGUUUUAAAGUUCUUCGUCCUCUAGAUCAAUUUGUUAAACAGCGUAUCGAGAAAAUGCAACAACGUGGAUGGACACAAGAUGGGCCCAUUAUAUCGGUCAUACCUGAUCCACACUACAAAUAUUAUGCCGUUUUAGUGCCAUUACCAUCAAGUGCUACUCUCUAUACCGAUGUUUCGACUAAGAUGAAAAAUAUUACUUCGGUCCAAAUUGUCUCGAUUGAAGAAAUUCGAAAUCCAUAUUUGGAAGAAACCUAUGAAGGUAUGAAGAAACUUAUCGCCAAACAAUGUCCAAAUCAAAUUCCAAACGAACAGGAAUUAUUUCAUGGCACGAAAACUGCUGGAAUCGAAGGUAUCACAGAAGACGGAUAUGAUGAUCGAUAUUUUAAUAAAGGUGGUUUGUAUGGUCAUGGCGCCUAUUUUGCUGAUGAUCCAAACAAAUCGCACGGUUAUACUGAACUGAAUGCUGCGAAUGGUACACAUGUGAUGUUUUACAACAAGGUACUCUUGGGCAAACCAACAAUCUUAACUGCUACAGACAAUACACUAGUCUCAGCACCGCAUGGAUUUCAUUCAGUGAUUGGCAAACAUACGGCAAUGACCGAAUACAUCGUUUAUCGCUAUGGUCAAGCUCUACCCUAUCUAAAAAUUGUUUACAAAGCUUGA